AUUUUCAUACGAUUUCCAAGGCCACCCAAUUCUCUUCUCCUUCCUCACCUCCCCGCCGGAAAACCUCGUCGGUUUGGCUCGCUCUCACCGAAGAAGAGCAAGGGCGCAGUAGCGUUUUCUGACCUUCUACUUCUUCACCUCCUCCAUGAGGCUUGUUCGGAAGGAUCUGAUCCCAGAUGGACCUGGAUUUGUGAAGAUUAUUCCGGAGGAGGACGAUGAUAUGUGGCACGCCUACAAUCUUAUUUCGGUUGGAGAUGCUGUUCAGGCUGCCACUGUGAGGAAGGUUCUGAGAGAGACAGCUUCAGGAGGCAGGGACUCAGAACGUGUGAAAUUAAAGUUAGAAAUUAAAGUUGAGGAUGUAGAUUAUGACAAGGAGGGUAUGCUUUUGCGCAUCCGCGGAAGAAACAUCAUUGAGAAUGACCAUGUUAAGAUUGGGCAAUUUCAUACAAUAGAAAUUGAGCCACACAGACCUUUUAUUUUGAGGAAGGUUGUUUGGGAUUCUUUGGCACUUGAGGUUCUGCAACAAGCAUGCGAUCCUUCUGCAACCGCAGAUCUAGCUGUUAUCUUGAUGCAAGAAGGUCUGGCACACAUUUUUUUGAUUGGUAGAAGCAUGACAAUAACUCGUUGUCGCAUUGAAACUUCAAUACCUCGCAAGCAUGGUCCUGCAAUUGCUGGUUAUGAGUCAGCUCUGAAAAAGUUUUUUGAGAAUAUCUUACAGGCAUUGCUGAAGUACAUUGAUUUUAAGAUUGUUCAGUGUGUUGUGCUUGCAAGCCCAGGUUUCACAAAGGAUCAAUUCCGCGAUUAUUUGCUAUUAGAGGCUGAACGGAGGCAGUUACGAUCAAUCAUUGAGAAUAAAUCUCGCCUAAUUCUUGCACAUGCGACAUCAGGUUACAAGCACAGUUUAAAGGAUGUAUUGGAAGCGCCUAGUGUCAUGGUCCUGAUAAAAGAUACAAAGGCUGCACAAGAGGUUCGGGCUUUGAAAGAUUUCUUCACGAUGCUUUCAGAUGAUCCGGAUCGUGCUUGCUAUGGGCCUAAACAUGUCGAAGUUGCUCAUGAGAGGAUGGCUAUACAAACUCUUCUCAUCACAGAUAGUCUUUUCAAAAAUGCUGAUGUCCAAACACGGCAGAAGUAUGUCAAACUGGUUGAGUCAGUCAAAGAAUCAGGAGGCACCACACAUAUAUUUUCUUCAAUGCAUGUUUCUGGGGAGCAAUUGGCGAGUAUGACCGGAAUUGCAGCCAUUCUUCGGUUUCCUUUACCGGACUUGGAAGAUAUAGAGAUGUGAUUAAAGAUUGGCUUUGUAGAAUAAUAUCAAACUAUCAAUGUCGUAUUUAGCGAGGCCGGUGAAACAGUUAUUUGUGGCAAGAUGUGGAUGGCAAAUAAGCAAUGUUUUUAAACUAAUUUUGGGCAUGAACACAUCAAAGACAGGGGCUUGGACAUCUUUUGUAAGCUCAUGUUUCCAUGAGUUUCUUAUUCCAAACCAAUCAGUGUUGCUUUCAGAAUUGUAUUUGAAACAAAGUAACUGCUUUUA